AAACCAUUCGAACAAAGUCAGUCACACAAUUGCAGCAGUUACACGCAAAACUUUGCCAACAACGGAAGUCAAAUUUUAAUCAAAAAUUAUGUUUGCCAAACAAAAAAUAUCAAAUGGAUAAAAUUAAAUUAAUUUUGCAAAAGACACUUAUAGCAAAUAAAACUUAAACCACGAAAAAAAAUUUAAAUAAUCCAAAAAAAUACUUAUGCAACAAAAAUGAGGUAUUUAGAGUGGUUAGUCCAACUUUGCUUUAUGUGGCAUGUUAUGAAAAUAAUCAAAACUCAUGGCGAGUUGUUGUCAAAAGAAACUAUAUUUCAAUUACAAAAAUAUCCUGCUGUGAAUAGAACUGAUGAGGAGGAUGAUGGCGAAAGCAAUGUUAUUAAAAAUAUUCCAAAAAUAUGUUACGAUAAUAACGCACAUGAUAAAACUGCUACACAAACUACAUACAGCAGUGGCAGCAAUAACACUGUUGAAUUAUUAUAUAUUUUUAAAACUAUUUUACAACAAUUACACAAAAGUGAAUGUGAACAAAUUGAGAGGAAGGAAGUGCAACGACGAGCAACCAAAGGUGACUUCCAGCCAAGAGAGGAAGAGCAGCCUGCAAGUCGAUAUGAAACAUUUAAUAUAUUGCAACAAUUGAAAUUGGAUGAACAGAAACAAAAGUGGCAAGAGCAGCAGCUGGAGAAACAACAGCAAUUAAAAUUACACUUGCAACAGCAGCAGAAUGCAUUGAAAUUGCAACAAAUCAUGCAGCAUCUCGAUGCUGAAAGUCUAGGCAAGGCGGGCAAAAAGAAAAAGAAGAAGAAAAAAAAGAAAAAACGUAAGAAGCGCAAGAAAAAACCCAAAGACAAGAAAAAGAAACGCAAGAAAAAGAAACAAAAACCCACACAUCAAACAUCCCUGCUGGCUCAUCCCGCUCACAUACUCUACGCCAGUCCCACACAAAAGCCACAUUAUUAUCACGACCACCACUACUACGAUCAACAUGUAACAACCACAACGAAAAAACCUUAUUUACAUCAUCCUCUGGUGCCGAUAAAAAAAAUCAAAUAUAUUCUACGUAAAAACACGAUAUUUAAGAAAAAGAAAAAGGAAUAUCUCAAUCACUUGAAACAUGUUCUCUAUCCGUUUGUCAAAUUCAUUGCAUUCUUUACCAUCAUCAAUCCUUUCACACUGGCCGUCUUUCUCUUUUCGCUUAUAUCUCCGGUAGUUUUUGGUUUCCUUGGUUUUAUCGGUUUAAGUUUCCUCAUCAAGCCCGCUCUGCACUUGCUGUUCGGUGUCAAACAAACAGUGAAUACAAUUAAACGUCAAAAAUUACAGCAGCUACGGAAAAGACAACGUUUGCGUGAUAGCCGUCGUCCCAUAACGAUACAUAAGCACUACUAUCAACAGAAACCAAUAGCACCACCCCACUCACAUCAUCAUCGUCAUCAUUCACCACCACCUGCAAAACCAAAAGGUCCUCCUCCACUUCAUCAACAUCAUUCUCAUCGCCUUGGAAAUCGUCAUCAUCAUCAUCCACGACAAAUAAAAACAUUUAAUCCACUAUUGCCUGAUGUAAGAGAGAAAUUAAAAAAGGACACACACUUCAUACCAGAUUUCAAAGGAUACAAAGAGCCAUUCGAAUUGAUUUAA